ACUAUCUUCGAACUAUUUUGUAUCUCAUCACAUCCCUUAAUACAACACAAGCACCAACCAUUCACAACCCUUUGCUCCAACCUGCAACAUGGUGUCUGUUGAUGAGAUCCGCAAGGCGCAAAGAGCAGAAGGCCCUGCCACCGUUCUGGCUAUCGGCACCGCAACUCCUCCAAACUGUGUGGACCAAAGUACCUAUCCUGACUACUAUUUCCGCAUCACCAACAGUGAACACAAGACCGAACUCAAAGAAAAAUUCAAGCGCAUGUGUGAAAAGUCAAUGAUUAAGAAGAGAUACAUGCACUUGACAGAAGAGAUUCUGAAGGAGAAUCCAAGCAUAUGCGAGUACAUGGCACCUUCAUUGGAUGCAAGGCAAGACAUGGUGGUUGUUGAAGUGCCAAAGCUGGGGAAAGAGGCUGCAACAAAGGCAAUCAAGGAAUGGGGUCAACCUAAAUCUAAGAUUACUCAUCUCAUCUUUUGCACCACAAGUGGUGUGGACAUGCCAGGUGCUGACUACCAACUCACCAAGUUGUUGGGUCUUAGGCCAUAUGUGAAGCGUUACAUGAUGUACCAACAAGGUUGUUUCGCUGGUGGCACAGUUCUACGUUUGGCAAAAGACUUGGCUGAGAACAACAAGGGUGCACGUGUGUUGGUGGUUUGUUCUGAGAUCACUGCAGUCACUUUCCGUGGCCCAACAGACACUCAUCUUGACAGUCUUGUGGGUCAAGCACUGUUUGGAGAUGGUGCAGCUGCUGUUAUUGUUGGUUCAGACCCUUUGCCUGUUGAGAAGCCUUUGUUUGAAUUGGUGUGGACUGCACAAACAAUCCUCCCAGACAGUGAAGGAGCCAUUGAUGGCCACCUUCGUGAAGUUGGACUCACUUUUCAUCUUCUCAAAGAUGUUCCUGGGCUCAUCUCAAAGAACAUUGAGAAGGCUUUGGUUGAAGCCUUUCAACCUUUGAACAUCUCUGACUACAAUUCUAUCUUUUGGAUUGCACACCCUGGUGGACCUGCAAUUCUGGACCAAGUAGAGGCCAAGUUAGGCUUAAAGCCAGAGAAGAUGAGAGCCACCAGACAGGUGCUAAGCGACUAUGGAAACAUGUCAAGUGCGUGCGUGUUGUUUAUAAUGGACGAGAUGAGGAGGAAGUCAAAGGAAGAUGGAAAAGCCACAACAGGAGAGGGUCUUGAUUGGGGUGUGCUCUUUGGUUUUGGACCAGGACUCACUGUUGAGACCGUUGUUCUCCAUAGUGUUGCAGCUUGAUUGCCUCAAUAUGCUACACUAAUAUGUUCCUUCAACAAAAUUCACCUGCUAUUUUGUACUGUAUUUUUUUUUCUUUUUGAUUAAAUCUUUGCUUGCUUAGUUAAACUUUUGAAUAAAGCUCAUUUUACAUUGAUGUUCGUAAUGAUAUUGCUUUAUGUACUGUUCCAUAUA